CAUAACUACACCACCAUGCCUGAGCCACUAAGAUGCACAGGAAGCAUUAACACCCGUGAACUGCACUUCUCACGUGCAAUGAUCUUCGCCAUCGAGGAGAUAAACAACAGCACGGAGCUGCUGCCGGGAAUCAAACUCGGUUAUCAGAUCUACGACUCGUGCGCCUCGGUGCCCGUGGCGGUGCAUGUGGCAUUCCAGCUUUCAAAUGGCCUGGACCCGGUCAUUUACACCGGUGACAAUUGCUCACAAUCAGGUAUAGUGAUGGCUGUCAUUGGUGAGACUGGGUCCACGCCAUCCAUCAGCAUCUCGCGCAUCAUCGGGCCCUUUAACAUCCCUCAAGUGAGCCACUUUGCCACUUGUGCAUGUCUGUCCGAUAAGCAGCAGUACCCGAGUUUCUUCAGAACCGUCCCUAGUGAUCAGUUCCAGGCGGACGCGCUGGCCAAGCUGGUAAAACACUUUGGCUGGACUUGGAUAGGUGCUGUCCGGUCAGAUUCGGAUUAUGGCAAUAAUGGUAUGGCGUCUUUCCUGGACGCAGCACGCAAAGAGGGGAUCUGUGUGGAAUACUCUGAAUCUUUCUAUCGGACCCAACCACGUAGCAGGAUCCAGAGAGUAGCUGACGUUAUCCGCAGGUCGACAGCUAUGGUUGUUGUGGCAUUUGCAGCCUCUGGAGACCUGAGGCUUCUGCUGGAGGAGCUGUCGCUUGAGCCUUCCCCACGUCGCCAGUGGAUAGGCAGUGAAGCCUGGGUAACAAACACAGACAUGCUGAGGUUCAGCUUCUGUGCUGGAGCCAUCGGAUUUGCCAUUGAGCGAUCUGUCAUCCCAGGUUUGAGAGACUUCUUACUGGAUCUCUCUCCCUCUAAAGUGGCUGCCUCUCCAGUGCUUACUGAGUUCUGGGAGGAUGCAUUCAACUGCAGGUUGGGAAAAAGUGCAGCUACGGAUGAGAGAGUGUGUGAUGGAACUGAAGACAUAAAGACGCUCCAUAGCCCGUACACUGACACAUCUCAGCUCCGGAUAACUAACAUGGUAUACAAGGCUGUUUAUGCAAUAGCUCAUGCCAUUCACAAAGCAGUGUGUCAGAAAACAAAUUCUACAACUCAGUGUGACAAAUUCACUAUGACAGAGUCGAAUGAGGUUCUUACUCAGCUGAAGAAAGUACAUUUUUCCCAAAAUGGUUAUGAUGUGUCAUUUGAUGCCAACGGGGAUCCUGUGGCAAGAUAUGAGCUGGUUAACUGGCAAAAAAAAGAAAGUGGCAGUAUUGAGAUGGUAACAGUAGGACACUACGAUGCAUCACUGCCGGUGGGCCAGAAGUUCCGUAUCAACAGGAACCUCACCUGGGUUAAUGGUGGCACACAAGUUCCUGUGUCAGUGUGCACUAACAGCUGUUCUCCAGGAACUCGUAAAGUGCUGCAGAAAGGAAAACCCAUCUGCUGUUACGAUUGCAUACCGUGUCCCGAGGGAGAGAUUAGCAAUGCUACAGAUGCCCCUGAUUGUUUUCCUUGCGCCAAGGAGUUCUGGCCUAAUGUAGAGAGAGACACUUGUCUCCCCAAGCCUGUAGAGUUUCUUUCCUACAACGAGGUCCUAGGAAUCAUCUUGGCUGCAUUCUCAGUUGGUGGCGCCUGUCUGGCCAUUAUAACAGCGGCUGUGUUCUAUCGUAACAGGACAUCACCGAUUGUCAGGGCCAACAACUCUGAGCUGAGCUUCCUGCUGCUCUUCUCCCUGACUCUGUGUUUCUUAUGUUCAUUAACUUUCAUUGGAGCACCCUCUGAGUGGUCCUGCAUGCUGCGCCACACAGCGUUUGGGAUCACCUUCGUCCUCUGUAUGUCUUGCGUUCUUGGAAAAACAAUAGUAGUGUUAAUGGCCUUUAGAGCUACACUCCCAAGUAGUAAUGUCAUGAAAUGGUUUGGUCCUCCACAGCAAAGAAUGACUGUAGUGUCUUUCACAUUUAUUCAAGUUUUAAUAUGUACUAUUUGGUUGGUUCUUAGUCCCCCUUUUCCAAUGAAAAACCUAACCAUAUACAAAAAGAGAAUCAUCCUGGAGUGUGCAUUAGGCUCAGCUAUUGGGUUCUGGGCUGUGCUCGGGUACAUAGGCCUACUGGCUGUCUUUUGCUUUGUGUUAGCUGUCCUAGCUCGGAAAUUACCUGAUAAUUUUAAUGAAGCCAAGCUCAUCACCUUCAGCAUGCUGAUAUUCUGUGCAGUCUGGAUCACCUUUAUCCCAGCAUAUCUCAGCUCUCCUGGGAAAUUUACUGUUGCUGUGGAGAUAUUUGCCAUUCUGGCCUCCAGUUUUGGACUAAUACUGUGUAUAUUUGCUCCAAAGUGUUUCAUCAUAUUGUUUAAGCCAGAGAAAAACACCAAGAAACAUUUAAUGAACAAAAACCAAUCCUAAGACAUCUGAGGUUUGGGAAUAGCUAAAAUGGCAACAUACAGUAUAUAGCUUAUACUGAGCACAUCCAACACAGUCUUUAUCUUGUUUUUUUGUGUGAAUAUCUUUAUAAUGUUAUUGACUUAUUUAUAAAUAUUAUUUCA